CCAAGGAUUUGGGUUUGAUACCCCAUGGGGCGCUUAGGGGCUGGCUUGAAGGCAGCGAGGAAGCAUGGCUGAGGAGUUGCUGUAGCCGGAGAUUCUCUCUCCUAUGAAGGAAUUCAAGGCUCCUUUGAAUUUUAUCCCUAAGACUCAUGAAACACAUUGACAUGCAUCAUGUUGGGGAUUACUGGUCUCAAAGCACUCGCUGCGGUGGUUGUCUUGUAAAGGGAGCGGAACCGUAGUCUCUGCUUCUCCUUUCCUUAAUUGACAGUUCUCCUUGGCAUUUGGCUAGACAACUCCUUAGCCAUUCUGGAGAUGGACUUGCUUUCCGGGACUUACCUCUUGGCAGUCUUGUUAGCCUGCAUCGUGUUUCAGUCUGGUGCACAGGAGAAGAAUUACACAGUACGGGAAGAGCUGCCAGAAAAUGUCCUAAUUGGCAAUUUGCUUAAGGACCUCAACCUGACCCUGGAUCCCGAUGUGCCCCUCUCAUCGCCUCUUCAGUUCAAGCUUGUGUACAAAACUGGGGAUGUUCCGCUGGUCCGCGUGGAGGAGAAUACGGGAGAAAUAUUCACCACUGCCAACCGCAUUGAUCGGGAAAAGCUUUGCUCUGGCAUUUUUAGUGAGAAUCGUUGUUUUUAUGAGGUAGAAGUUGCCGUCCUGCCUGAUGAAGUCUUCAGGCUAGUCAAGAUCAGGUUCCUGAUUGAGGAUAUAAAUGACAACGCUCCUCUUUUCCCAUCCACGGUCAUUAAUAUCUCCAUCCCCGAGAACACAGCCAUCAAUUCCCGUUACUCUGUCCCAUCGGCAAUCGAUCCUGACAUUGGAGUGAAUGGCAUUCAGCACUAUGAACUCCUUAAGCCAAAAACAGCUCCCAAAAGGACCUUUGGAUCAAUUACAAAUGAACAGGGUCAAAAUGUUUUUGGACUUGACAUUAUUGAGACACCUGAGGGAGACAAGUGGCCCCAGCUGAUAGUCCAGCAGAUUCUCGACAGGGAACAAAAGGACACCUAUGUGAUGAAGAUUAAGGUGGAGGAUGGUGGAAACCCAGCAAGGUCCAGCACUGCCAUCCUCCAAGUCACAGUCACCGAUGUAAAUGAUAACCGCCCAGUGUUCAAGGAGAACGAUAUUGAAGUCAGCGUUCCUGAGAAUGCCCCUGUCGGUACGUCUGUUUCUCAGCUCCAUGCUACUGAUGCUGACCUGGGAUCAAAUGCCCAGAUCCACUUUUAUUUCAGCAGCCAGAUCUCCAAUUUGGCCAAAAGACUUUUUGCCAUUGAUAACACCACAGGUCUUAUCACUAUCAAGGAGCCGCUAGACCGGGAGGAAUCUCCAGUGCACAAGUUAACAGUCUUGGCAAGUGAUGGCAGUUCAACACCCUCACGAGCAACAGUGACGGUGAAUGUCACUGACAUUAAUGACAAUAUCCCAUCAAUUGACACCAGGUACAUUAUCAAUCCUGUGAAUGGGACUGUGCUUUUGUCAGAGAAAGCUCCACUCAAUACUAAAAUUGCCCUGAUUACAGUAAUGGAUAAGGAUGCUGACCUCAACGGGAAAGUUACCUGUUUCACAGACCAUGAUGUGCCAUUCAGGUUAAAGCCUGUGUUCGAUAAUCAGUUUCUGCUGGAGACAGCCACAUUCCUAGACUAUGAGGCCACACGGGAAUAUGCUAUUAAAAUAGUGGCUUCUGAUUCAGGGAAACCACCAUUGAACCAGUCUGCAAUGCUCCUCAUCAAAAUCAAAGAUGAGAAUGACAAUGCUCCAGUGUUCACCCAGCCCAUUAUUGGACUCUCUAUCCCUGAGAACAAUGCUCCUGGAACCCAGCUGACCAAGAUAAGUGCUACAGAUGCAGACAGCGGUCGUAAUGCUGAGAUCAGUUACAUGUUGGGCUUGGAUGCACCCCCCAUUUUUAAUCUGGAUCGUCGUACCGGCAUUCUGACUGCAGUGAGAAAGCUGGAUAGGGAAAAACAGGACAGGUAUUCAUUCACCGUGCUGGCAAAAGAUAAUGGCAUGCCACCCUUGCAGACCAAUGCCACUGUGACAGUUUCAGUCUUAGACCAAAAUGACAACAGCCCUGCUUUCACACACAACGAGUAUAAUUUCUAUGUACCAGAGAAUCUACCAAUGUAUGGCACGGUUGGACUCAUCACUGUGACAGAUGCAGACUCAGGGGAGAAUGCUGCAGUGACCUUGUCUAUAUUAAAUGGCAAAGAUAAUUUCAUUAUUGAUCCUCUCACUGGAGUCAUAAGACCUAAUAUUACCUUUGACAGAGAGCAGCAAGGGUCUUACACUUUUCAGGUGAAGGCUGUGGAUGGAGGAAGGUUACAGCGUUCAUCAACUGCCAAAGUUACCAUCAAUGUUGUUGACGUUAAUGACAACAGACCUGUUUUUGUCAUCCCUUCAUCUAACUAUUCCUACGAUUUAGUUCCAAUGUCCACUAGCCCAGGCUCUGUAGUGACUAAAGUGUUUGCCAUUGACAACGAUACGGGGAUGAAUGCAGAACUUCGUUACAGCAUUAUUGGUGGGAACUCAAGGGGCUUGUUUAUGAUUGACCAGUUGACAGGCAAUGUUACUUUGAAAGAGAAAGUCAUUUCAUCAGAUCAUGGAUUACACAGGCUGGUUAUCAAAGUCAAUGAUCUGGGACAGCCUGAGUCUCUAUAUACUAUAGCCUUGGUGCAUUUAUUUGUGAAUGAAACUGUCACCAAUGGAUCCUAUAUUCAAGAAUUAGUACGCAGAAAUAUGGAAACACCAGUUGGCCAGAAUGUUGGGGAUGGUGAGAUCACCCCCCAGACUAAUGAUUAUGUCAAGAUCAUCAUUGCUAUCAUUGCAGGUACCAUGACGGUAAUCCUAGUCAUUUUUGUGACUGCUUUGGUACGGUGCCGUCAAACUCCCAGGCACAAAGUUGUCCAGAAAAGCAAGCAGAGCGGCGAGUGGGUUUCUCCAAACCAGGAGAACCGCCAGAUCAAGAAAAAGAAGAAGAAGAAGAAACGCUCCCCGAAAAGUCUUCUUCUCAACUUUGUAACAAUUGAAGAAUCUAAACCUGAUGAUCCUGGCCAUGAACACAUCAAUGGCACUUUGGACAUUCCUGUAGAGUUAGAAGAACAGACUAUGGGAAAAUACAACUGGGCCACCACACCGACCACCUUUAAGCCUGACAGCCCAGAUUUAGCAAAGCACUACAAGUCUGCCUCGCCGCAGCCCACCUUCCAAAUUAAACCUGAGACUCCAGUGCCCCCGAAGAAGCACCAUGUCAUUCAGGAACUGCCUCUGGAUAACACCUUUGUGGUGGGCUGUGAUUCACUCUCUAAGUGCUCCUCCAGUAGCUCGGACCCUUACAGUGUCUCCGAAUGCAGCUGUCAGGGAGGAUUCAAGACUCCGGGCUCUAUUCAUACCAGACAGCAUUCAAAAGAAGUGGGAAGACCACAGUCUCCAUUGAAGGAAACAAGUCUAGAAUCAUGGACUCAGCCACAGUCACAGCGCCGAGUCACAUUUCAUCUACCAGAUGGCUCUCAGGAAAGCUGCAGUGACAGUGGGUUAGGAGACCAUGAGCCCAGCAGCACCGCAAGUACGUCUCAUCCAUUACCACUUGGCUUCCCACAAGAGGAGUACUACGAACAGACAUCACCUAACAGUCGGACAGAAGGAGAUGGCAAUUCAGACCCAGAGUCCACCAUUGAAGUGAACCUCCAGAAAGCUCUAGCUGAAGCCUCUGAAACGUGCACACAGGAAUGCCUCAUCCUUGGCCAUUCUGACAACUGCUGGAUGCCUCCGUCCUUGACACAGUACCAACAAUCCAACCCUCCUUUGCCAUCCUUUGGUUUCCAGCAAGGGUGGGGAAGAGGAGCUGUGCCUGAGGGAAGACAUACCCUUGGAAGGCCCAUUCCUAAAGAUGAUACUGACAAAGGCCAAGGGGGACCCAGGCCUCAGUUCUACAACACCUGUGAAAGACAUUGCACCAGCGAAGACCCAGUCAAAGUUAUUCCUCUUGCAAACUUCAUUCCUGCCCAGGUGACAGUCGUGCCUGGGAGUAACACCACUUUGAUCCAUGAGCACCAGCUAUAAAAGCUUAACUUGACAAAUCCAAGCUAUUUCGGGCUUUAAAGUGUGAGUGUAUAUAGUCUCAGCUUGACACAGUUUUAAUGUAUAUGCAAACCCGUUGAGGUUUGUAGAUAUUUAUGUACAUAGGAUUCUAAAUUGAAGCUGAAGAGCUGUAUCCUAAGUAAUGCAUUAAAGGGAAUAAGGCUUAUUUCAUAAAUAACAGUAUGCAAAAACAAAAGGAGUUGGGGUGGGAGGGGAAUAUGUUUCUUUGCCCAGUUAGUUGUCAUGGAACAAAUUAUUUCUUUAGGACAAGGUUGGUCUUCCUCUUAUUGGAAAUUCUUUAGAGUGUUCUGGACAUGAUCAACACAGUGAUAGUAAAUAGAAAGGAAAGGAAGACUUUCAGAUUGACUCUUUGGUUUCAGGUCAUUGUUAUAUAUCAUUUAUUAUCCAAAGAGGCUAAUUAGUAAAUACUUGUCCAGAAAACCUUGUGAUUCUUCAUAAGAACAUCCAAAUAGAGAAGUAAUUUGUAAUUGUUCCCAUUAUACUUACCAAUGGUAAAUCUCAAAGUAGUGCUUUGGAAUAAUGGAGAGAGCAGAUAUGUUGAUGCACAUAUAGCAUUCCAACACAUUAGUACAGUCUCCAUGAUUCUCGGAUCUGUACACAAAUGUAUCUGCAUAGAGCACUUGCAAUAAUGCACAUUUCCAUGAUAAUCCAGCAGCCUUGGAGACAGGGAGGAAUCCGCACUGUCCUGAAUCUUCUGGCUAGACUGAUGGAGGGAGAGGGGCUUUUGUUGUCAAAGGACAUCAUACAGAUCUUGGGGGAGAGGACUGAGUGACUUUGUAUGACAUAGGACUGUAGCAGAUCUCCAUCUUUUCUCAUAGACAUUUUGUUGUAGUCCUCUCUCUUCUCCAUUCCUGAAAGAUUAGUACUGACGCAAAAGGUGGAACAAGGUUUAUCCAUUUAUUUUGCACCCUCUAAAUAUUAUCCCAUUUGGGGCUAUUUUCUGGCGAAGGGGGCACAAAAAAAUAUUUGUGGGGAGGAUUUGUCUCACCUGGUCCAGGCAUCAUGUUUUUCUUCUUCAUGACCUGAUCCCACUACCAUGGAAGACUUUUGGUAACCAAUAUAGAGGAAACCACCACCUGAUUUUGUAGGUAGACAAAAGACUACCUAAGCUUACCGUGGGAGAAACUAGAUGCAUUGCUUUUCAUCCAUUAUUUUCUCCAGCCCAGUUUUGAUCAGCUUUUUGUGUAACAUUCCAAAAAAUCUCCCUACCAAGUGAGCAGUUCCUUAAUUUCAAACAUGUUGCACCAAAGCCCAUUUUUCUGCUCUCAGAAAGGUGUCAUCUUCCAGCCAUGGAUCCAUCAUUAGCCUGUAUGGUUUUAACAAGUGGCUGUUUCUAAGAAUGGCCAAAAAACUUUUUUAAAAAGCAAAGCAAAACAUAGAAUGAAAUAAGGAGGUAGAUCUUUAUGAAUUGUGUUGUGCCUUGGCAGUAAGCUAGUGUCCGCUAGAAAACAUCACAGUGAUUGUUAAUAAUAUAUGUCAUCAGUUCCUGUAGGUUUCACUAUAUAACCUCACACACUGCACGCUAAACCUUUUUAGGCAAAAGAACUCUGGAUACUUUAUCUUAGCUUAUACUGAAGCAAAUCACUGAAUUAGCCUAAAGAAUGAGAGAACUGGGAAGCAAAUGUUUGACAGAUGUAAUUAUGAAGUCCCCUCUCAUUAUGUUAUUCUGCAGCAGCUCAAGGUGAUGUACCAGGAAAGAGUAGACAUUUGUGACUGAUUUCUGUACACUGGCUUUCAUAUAUCCCAUAAUGAGACUGAGCAAAUCUUAUACUGGGUACAAGGAAGAUGUCUAAAAAAAAAAGAUAAAACACUCAUGAUCUCCUUGUAUUUUGUUUCUCCUCAGCCUUUGAUUCAUGCACAGUCUUGUAUGUUUUGCAUCCAAAUAACCUGUCUUUGUAACACAAUCAGUUCACUUUCCUAGCUGCAGUUUUGCUAUAAAAAGACAAUCGAAAUUUGAUGGGGAGAAGGAAGCAAUGUGUGAUUAUUAAUUUUUUCCCCUCUCCUUUCCUUGUGAAGAGAAUUCUGUGUAGGCUCAUCAAUGUUACUUAAAAUCUGUAAUUUAUGAACAAAACUUGGUGUGUACAAUUGCUGUAAUAUAAAUUGCUUGUAAAUCUAUAGAAAUUCCCAUUGUUGAGGGUCCCAAUGAAUGCUGAGAGAGCUUCUCUUCAUUUUGUGCCCAGCAGGUAUAAGUAGCUUUAUAUAUUGUUGUCCCCACUGUUAAUCUACUCAGAACACAUUUUGUUUUAAUGUGUAAAGUUUAAAAAAGAGAGAAAAGAAAUGUCACUUUUAACCUUCCAAUAGUAUUUAAACGAAGCCUCAGGCUAUUGAAUAGUAUAUCUUUUUUUUUUUUCCCCUGAGUUUUCUGAAGUGUUUUGGCUAAGGUGUGGCACUCUGGGGUCCAGCUGCAUGCAGAUUCUGAAAUACAUGUUAAUCCUUCAGAUACUGACACUAUUGCACAAUGUUAAUUCAGGCACAGUUAAAGGCAUUUGGUAAAUUAAUUCAGAGCUAAUCUAUAUGUACAAAAUGUUACCAAUUAUUCAUGACAAUGUUGGAGCCACAUUUAAAAGCUUCUGUGUUGUUUUAAUAAAUAAUCUCCAUAGGCCUGAA